GAAGAGUUAAGAAUCGCACUCAAUGGGAGAGAGCGUAUGCAUUAAAUGCUCUAUCUACGGGUAAAAUACGGAGAAUAUGCAACAACUUCAAGCAAAACACUGAUAUACGGCGCCAUAGAAAUUUCUGGAGUAGAGUAUUUACUGGGAGAUCGAGAAGAGAGAGAGAGAGAGAAAAUAGUAGAGAGGGGGGACAGACAGUUAGAGAGGACGCGGAUGCAGGAGGAAUGCUUCAGAACUAGGGUUACGCCCUUCUCCAAUGGACUCGCCUGUACCUUCCAAAACCACCUCCACCCCAACUUCCGCCGCUGCCGUUUCUUCUUCUUCUUCUUCAGUAUCAGAAUCUGCCGCAGUUCAAGAAUCGCCUUUCUCUAAUUACCUCAGCAGUCUUUCUCCCAUAGGACCCGUGAAGACAGCAAUAGUUGUACAAGAUUUCCCAGGAAUCAUUACUCCCCCUCAUGUGUUUACAUCACCUCGAAUCAAUCCACGCAUCGCGUCCAGCUUUCUGGAAAGGGGUCCGUUCCUUCAACUGCCCAAUGAAGAAUUUUCAGUAAAGGAUGACAGUCAGAACAAUAUUUCCACAUUGAGAGAUCGAGCUGGAUCAUCAAAUACUCAGUUGAACAGCGGAUUUGUGCCUCAUACUGAUAAAGUGUCUGAUAAUAAUAGCCCUGUGCAGGAACAAGCCGAAAGUCAGCCAAUAUGUGUUGAUGAUUUCUUAGUUGAUGCUGCUAAACUGGGGUCUGUAGAUUCUAAAAAUUCAAGUCUUCAGCAAGCUGAUGGUUUGAUAGGUUCAAAGGAAUCUGUUGAUCUCAAAGGUAAAGAAAUUAAAAACAAUAAUGAGAUGGCAACAGGUGAUAUUAACUCUAAGAAAACCAACGGGAAGAAGAGAGUUGAUGAUGCUGAAUCUGUUCCAUCUUCAAAGAUGCAGCCUAAUUCAUCUUUGGAGAACCAGUAUGAUUAUCGUGGCACUAGUGAGGCUGGUGAACACCAACGUGGCGUUUUCAGGCGUUGUCUACAAUUUGAAGAUGUUCAACCGAAAACAGCUUUAACCCCAGAUCCUUGCAAUUUGUCAGAGAGUGUUAACUGCUCGAAUUCUGCUGUUAGUCCUAUUGCUUUAGAGGGUUUAGAGUCAUUUCCUUUAAAUACACCUACAGCCCAAAGCAGUAAGCAGUUUGGUGACACUCAAAAUACAGAAAAUUCUUCAUUUAAAACCCCCAAGCCUUCCGGUAUUGGGUUGCACUUAAAUAGCAUUGUAAGUACUGUUCAAGGUGGUAGUGGUGCCACUGUAAGCAUGAAAUCUGCAGAGAGGGGAAACUUCAGUCUACAUGGGAAGAAAUUAAUGUCUAUGACUAGUCAUUUGGAGAAGUCUAAGAAAUGCUUGAUUUCAUCAAAUGUGGGGGAAGACAUUUUGGCAAGCAUUGAAGAAAGCUCCUUGCAGGGAGAAAGCUCUGCCCCUUUGCCCCUUCAUAGUGUGAAACCUAUUGAUAGCAUUGCUUCCCUGAAGCCAAUGAAGUGUCUGUCAACUCCUGGUAAUAAAAGGAAGUCUAGUUCUGAAAACAUUGAUGGAACUAGUGCAUCUAAUCAGUCAAGCCCAAAAAAGAAAAGGAAGAAAACAUCUGAUGCCAGUGAUGGGGAUGGUUGCAAACGUUGCAAUUGUAAAAGGAGUAAAUGCUUGAAACUUUACUGUGAUUGCUUUGCUGCUGGAAUCUAUUGUGCUGAGCCUUGUGCUUGCCAAGGGUGUUUCAAUAGACCUGAAUAUGAAGAUACAGUUCUGGAAACUCGGCAACAAAUUGAAUCUCGAAAUCCACUUGCGUUUGCCCCAAAAGUUGUACAGCACAUGACAGAUUCUCAUUCAAAUAUUGUUGGGGACAUUGGUGUCAGUUUCACACCAUCCUCUGCAAGGCACAAAAGAGGUUGCAAUUGCAAGAGAUCAAUGUGCUUGAAAAAGUAUUGUGAGUGCUAUCAGGCUAAUGUUGGAUGUUCUAGUGGAUGCCGUUGUGAAGGAUGUAAGAAUGUCUAUGGUCAGAAGGAAGAGUAUGGUAGGAUUAAGACCUUAGUGAAGAAGCUUGGCACAUUUGAACAGACUGAACUCAGCAAUCCACACAAUCUGACUCCACUGACACCAUCAUUUCAGUGCUCAGACCAUCGUAAUGAUUCAUCAAAGUCUUGGUUUACAUCGGGAAGAUGCUCUCAGUCACCAGAAUCUGGUCAUACUCCUCUUAUACCACGCUAUGAAGUAUCAAAAAAGGGAUUCACCAAAAGUUCUGAUAAUCCCGAGUCGAUUGAAGAAACUACAGAUAUUAUGGAUCUUGUUUCUUUUGAUCCAGGGGUGGAAGAUAACAAUUCAGCAGCAGUAAAUGAAUACUCACCAGGUGAGAUGAACCAACUUGUCGUGUUGCCUAAUUCACAGCAAUGGGUAAAUGACUCAAGGGAACAUUUAUAUGCUGGAACUUGCCAUCUUUCAUCUACAAGUUCUUUUGGUUGGCGUAGUUCACCAAUGACUCAGUAUGAUGGGACCAAAGAAUUUUAUGAGUCUAUCAACUCUGAUAAGAGCUCAUUUAAUGCGAUUGAAGAUGACACACCAGAGAUACUGAAGGAUGCUUCUACUCCACCCCGGGGCGUGAAAGUAAGCUCCCCAAAUAAGAAGCGGGUUUCUCCCCCUCAUGAUCGCCUGAAAGAUCCUGAUGGUAGCUCAUCUGCUCGGCGCCUGAAAGCUGGCCGGAAAUAUAAAUUAGGGUCUGUUCCUUCUUUCCCCCCUCUUACGCCAUGCUUUGUUUCUAAAGGCAGCAGUGAAGGUCAGAUUAAAAAUGAUCCUCAGAAACCUAGUAGCAGCACUUGAUUCAAACCAGGAAAGGAUCCACGGUGCAGUGUUAGCCCUGUGACCUAAUUGAAAAGGAGGAGGUUGUCUUGUAUUGAUCAAACUCAAGUGUCAAAUUGAAGAUGCUCAAGUUGGUUAGUAGCGCACUUUUUUCUUCAUCGUAUCUAUUGUGAUUCUUUAUAGCCUGCAGCAAUCGGUUUUAUAUUAGUCGAUAUAUAUGCUGCUGUAUUAUUUCUACAGUUGUAACUGAUGAUAGCAGGCAACAUUGUACCUUUGCUUAGAAUGAAUAGUAAUGAAUGCUAAACCAAUUUCCCAAUUCCUUUCCCAUGUUGGAUUUUAGAUGCUAGGGAAUUUUUAUUUAUUUAUUUUUGAAUAUAGAUAAAAAAGCACUUGGGCUCAGAUUCUUCAGCUAACUAUUGUGUAUGCCAUGAUUGAGUUGGAGCUUAAAUUUUGGCUUCAUCUGAGUUUGAUAAUAAUGUUUCUGUACUU